AUGGGUUCAGUAAGCAACAACACGAUCAACACGAAUGUGAAAGCGUGCUCGCCGCUCACCGGCGCCAAACGCCUGCGAGAGAUGCUAAAGGAUCCCUCCAAAGUCGUCGUGUGCCCGGGUGUCUUUGAUGGUUUCACGGCCCGCUUGGCUUUGGCUGCUGGAUAUGAUGCACUGUACAUGACAGGAGCAGGGACCUCAAUGUCUAGAUUGGGAUGGGCAGACCUGGGAAUAGCGACUCUGAAUGAUAUGAAAAGCAAUGCCGAGAUGAUCGCGUCACUCAACCCUUCGGUGCCCUUGAUUGCAGAUGCGGAUACAGGCUACGGUGGACCCAUAAUGGUAACAAGGACUGUUACCCAGUAUGCUCGUGCUGGUGUUGCCGCACUCCACAUCGAAGAUCAGGUGCAAGAGAAGAGAUGCGGCCACCUCCUCGGCAAGCAGAUCGUGGACAGGGAGAUUUACUUCAGCCGCCUUCGAGCAGCAGUUAUGGCUCGCGACCAACUUCAGUCCGACAUCGUGCUGAUUGCCCGGACGGAUUCUCGACAGACAUACGGCUUUGAUGAAGCCAUUGAACGAUUGCAAGAAGCAGUCAAAAUCGGCGUGGACGCUGUAUUCCUAGAAGCUCUUCAAACCAAAGAAGAGAUGGAAAAAGUGUGCCAGAUCAUGGGUGAAACUCCUGUGCUCUUGAAUGUGGUGCCGGGAGGCGUCACUCCAGAGUACACGAUUGAAGAAGCGAGCAAGAUGGGAUUUCGCAUCAUCAUCUACCCCGGACUCUGCAUUGGUUCGGUUCUCGAAAGCGUUGGCAAAGAGCUGAAGCUACUAAAGACAACAGGAAAGAGCUCCCCGAGGAGUUCAGCCAACGGUGUCAAGGACGCCUUCAACUUGUGUGGGCUACAGGAGUGUAUCGAGAUUGACAAAGAAGCCGGAGGGAAGGCGUACGCAACAGUGGGGAAAUAG